GACCUAGGGCUCACGUUACGUAAGCACGUGCGAGCGCUGGGGCCCGGUCUUCGGAGUCGAAGGUGGGCUCUUCCCGCGCGUGUUGGCGGUUGAGAGAUUCGUCGGUGGGUUGUAGAAUUGUGACCUCAUGGCGGAGAUAAUUCAGGAACGCAUAGAAGAUCGAGUCCCCGAAUUGGAACAGCUGGAGCGCAUUGGACUGUUCAGUCAUGCGGAGAUUAAGGCUAUCAUUAAAAAGGCUUCGAAUCUGGAAUAUAGAAUACAGCGAAGAGCUCUUUUUAAGGAAGACUUUAUCAGUUAUGUUCAAUAUGAAAUUAAUCUUUUGGAGUUGAUUCAGAGAAGGAGAACUCGCAUCGGCUAUUCAUUUAAGAAGGAUGAGAUUGAGAAUUCCAUUGUACACCGGGUACAAGGUGUCUUCCGACGAGCUUCAGCAAAAUGGAAAGAUGAUGUUCAACUUUGGCUAUCCUAUAUAGUCUUUUGUAAGAAAUGGGCUACCAAAGCUCAACUUAGCAAGGUAUUUUCUGCCAUGUUGGCCAUUCAUUCAAACAAACCAGCUUUGUGGAUUAUGGCAGCCAAAUGGGAAAUGGAAGAUCGCUUGUCUUCAGAAAGUGCAAGACAGCUAUUUCUUCGAGCUCUGCGCUUUCAUCCAGAGUGCCCGAAACUUUAUCAAGAAUACUUUAGGAUGGAGUUGAUGCAUGCUGAGAAACUGAGGAAAGAAAAACAAGAAUUUGAAAAAGCCAAAAUGGAUGUGGGGAAUCUUGAUUAUCCUGAAGAAAUCCUUAAGGGCGAGUUGGCACGGAUCAUCUACAAAAAUUCUGUAAGCAUAAUGAAAGAUGCAGAAUUUCAUGUGUCACUGCUUUCAGUUGCACAGCUAUUCGACUUUGCCACAGAUCUGCAAAAAGAAAUUUAUGAUGAGGCUGACACCAGUAAACCACUUUGCAGCCUUCAGGCUCUGCACACAGAUGACCCUCUUACUUGGGAUUACGUGGCACGGCGAGAAUUAGCGAUGGAGACGCAGCCAGCCGGAGAGCAGCCUGCCACGAAACAAGCCAGAGCAGUGGAGGUGGGCCGGAAGGAGGAGAGGUGCUGUGCUGUGUAUGAAGAGGCAGUAAAGACUCUCCCCACAGAGGCCAUGUGGAAGUGUUACGUCAACUUCUGCUUGGAAAGAUUCGCUAAGAAGACCAGCAGUCAGUUCCUCAGAGAGAGGAGGCUGGAAAGAACCAUGAUGGCAUUCAGGAAGGCACAUGAACUCAGACUUCUACCAGAAUUCCAGUACAAGCAGUGGAUUGAGUUGCUGCUGCAUCAGGACUUCUUAAAGGAAGCUCUGGAGGUAGCAGUAGCCGGGACUGAAUCGUUUAGAGACUCUGUGAUGAUGUGGCAGAUGAAGCUGCAGGUGCUGAUUGACUCUAAGAGCCCUGAUGUAGCCGGGCUUUUUGAAGAAGCUUUUGUGCAUCUGAAAGCUCAGGUCUGUCUGCCAUUGUGGAUUUCUUGGGCAGAGUGGAGUGAAGGUGCCCAAAGCCAAGAAGACACGGAAGCCAUUUUUAAGAAAGCUCUCUUAGCUGUCAAAGGUGCUGACUCAGUCACUCUGAAGGAUAAGUACCUGGAUUGGGCUUACCGAAGCGGUGGCUACAAAAAGGCCAGAGCUGUGUUUAAAAGUUUACAGGAAAGCCGUCCAUUUUCAGUUGAUUUUUUCAGGAAAAUAAUCCAGUUUGAAAAGGAGCAAGAAUCCUGCAAGAUGGCGAACUUAAGAGAAUAUUAUGAGAGAGCCUUGAGAGAGUUUGGAUCUGUAGAUUAUGGUCUUUGGAUAGAUUACAUCAAAGAAGAAUUGAACCACCCACUUGGUAGACCUGCGAACUGCGGACAGAUCUAUUGGCGAGCCAUGAAAAUGUUACAGGGAGAGCCAGCAGAGGUUUUUGUAGCUAAACAUGCGAUGCAUCAAGUUGGCCGUUUGUGAGAAGAGGAAAAACACAGCCAAUUUUGUGAAAUAGUGUUAUAAGCCCUCUGGCCAGAUUUGUAUUGUGAGUUCAUCUGCAGUUUGCUAAGAGAUGGCAGACAAGAUGGCGGUCUGAUUUUGGGACAUGCUUUAAUUUUGUUAAUGCGUUAAUCUUUAAUUCCAGAAAAGAGAAUUGCUAUUUAGUGGCCCAGAGGCUACUUGUUAAGGCCGGACUUACUGUAGGUCCUAAAUGUUUUCCAAAAUAUAUAGAAAUCAUAAACUUGAGUUUCUUUUGUUACCCCUGGUCAAGAAUGAGUAUCUCUAACUGGGACCUAGGGGGGCCAGUGAAAGUGGAGGAGAAAGUACAAUUCCAUUUUUUCUUCUCUUCUUAUUAAAAAAGUAUACAUGGUGUGCAUUUGUUGUAGGAAAUAUGGAGUGAGCAGAAUAUGGGGAAGAAAAUAAAAGCAUCCCAUAACCUCAUCGUCUGGAGUUAAACUUACUUCCUUUAUGAGAAUUAGAUUUAUACUAUUAGAUCAUUUACUCAUUCAUUCAUUCAUUAAGUGUUCAUUAUUAGCAGGAAAGAAGAGAAGCUUUUUGGGAUGGAGGUAGGGGUUGGAGGAACAGGGCUGGACAUCCUGAGAGAGCUUGUUGUUGCCACAGAAGAGGAUUCUGGGUAUUGGGGUCAAAAGUUGACCUUUAAGAGGAUAAAGACAUUAUAAAAGUGCCUUCUAUCCCUGGGACUGAUCUUUAGAGAAGUGUCUACAGUGGGGAGGCCCAGCAACAAAAGGAGGGCAAUGGGUAGGGAGUAGAUUAGAGCAGCAGAGAAGGCCUUCAGAGGCAAAGGUGGAGGAUGGCUUGGAGCAGAGAGGACAUUCUGGGAGCAGGGGAGGCAACUGUUUGAAUUUUACAUCCUUUAACUGAACAUUGAUGUCACUGGGAGAAGCAUUCAGUUUAGUUUGACUUAAUAUUGUUACACUUAUGUUAUUUUUCCAUGUCAUUAAAGAGCCUUAAAAACAUUUAAUGAAUCUUUAACAUUGUAUUGUAUAGAUGAGCCGUGACUUAACUUUGCUAAUUCUUGUGGUUGGACCUUGUCAUUUCUAAUUUUUUUCUUAUAAAUGCUGUUGAUGAGGAUUCUCAUAAAUCUUUGUCACAUCCUUGAUUAUUUAGGAGAUUGACAUUUGUUGCUAGAAUUACUGAAUUAAAGGAUAUAACUAUUUUGAAGAAUAUUGACAUGUAUUGCCAAUCUGCAAUGUAUGAGAAUACUUUGAAGCAGUGUAGGAGAAUGUCAAUACCUUUACCUGUAGUGGGUAUUAUGUUUUAAAUUUUUACCAUUUGAAUAGGCAAAAAGUGCUAUGUCAUUGUUUUAAUGUGCAUUUUUUAUAUUAAUGAAGUUAAUGUGCUUUUCCUGGUUCUCUUGUUUUUUAAUGUUGACUGUUUUCUAAACUUUUUUCUUACUAAUUUGAA